AUGCUGCACGAGUGUGCAGGAUCCAAAGUGUGGCUGGUACCUGAGACAAAAGGUGCMGUCCCUCAGGGAGGUUACGGCCACAGCAGCACGUUCGACAGCUCCAGCAGCAGCGUCUACGUCCAUGGAGGCUAUAAAGCUCUCCCAGCCGGCAAGUACGGCCUUGUGGAUGACCUCUACCGCUACGACGUGAACACRAGGACGUGGUUCAUUCUGCGAGAAAGCGGCUUUCCACGGUACCUGCACUCUGCGGCGCUUCUCAGCGGCACYCUGCUCGUCUUCGGCGGCAACACGCAUAAUGACACGUCACUCAGCAACGGGGCCAAGUGUUUCUCUGCUGACUUCCUUGCAUACGACAUCGCCUGUGACAAGUGGACAGUCCUCCCCAAACCAGACCUGCACAGGGACGUCAAYCGCUUCGGCCACUCRGCUGUCGUUAGCAACGGGUCUAUGUAUGUGUUCGGAGGGUUUUCCAGCGUUUUGCUGAACGACGUGCUCGUGUACCGGCCUCCCAGCUGCCAGGCCUUCAUGGCAGAGGAUGGGUGUGUGAAAGCCGGGCCGGGGGUCCGCUGCAUCUGGAGCAGAGGACGCUGCGUCCCCUGGGAGCCCAGCAUGGCCAAUGGCAGCUUCUCUCCGGUACCUUUCUGCUCCUAUAAAACAGUGACAGUGGAUGAAUUGUGCUAUAAGUUCUCUGACUGUGGCAGCUGUGCGGCAAACACCAAAGGCUGCCAGUGGUGCGACGACAAGAAGUGCAUCUCCGCCUCCAGCAACUGCACCACUGGCGUGAAGAACUUCACUGAGUGCCCGGUGCGCAUCGAGCAGGUGUGCAGCAAGCUCGCCAACUGCAAGAGCUGCUCGCUGAAUCUCAACUGUCAGUGGGAGCAGAAUCACUCACAGUGCCACUCUUUGCCUGCCCAGCAGUGCAGUGAGGGUUGGAGCCAGGUGGGCGACGCCUGUCUGAGGAUCAACUCCAGCCGUGAGAGCUACGACAACGCUCAGCACUACUGCAAGAACCUCAACGGCAACAUCGCCUCACUCACCACCUCCAAGCAAGUCGACUUUGUACUUGAAGAACUUAAAAAUCUUCAGCAGCAAGAGAAGCGACUGUCUCCCUGGGUGGGCUUGAGGAAGAUCAACGUGUCGUACUGGGGUUGGGAGGACAUGUCCCCCUUCACCAAUAGCAGCUUGCGCUGGCUGCCUGGAGAGCCCAGUGACUCUGGUUUUUGUGCCUACUUGGAGGAGCCUCAGGUUUCAGGCCUUCGGGCCAAUCCGUGCACUGCGACCGCUCAUGGCCUCAUUUGUGAAAAAGCCACUGGGAACCCCAAUCAGAGCAGUCGUGGGUCUUGUAAGAAGCCUUGCUCGCUGCACACAAACUGCGCCAACUGUACCAGCCAAGCAAUGGAGUGCAUGUGGUGUGGCAGCACACGGCGCUGUGUGGACUCCAAUGCAUAUGUGAUCUCCUUCCCCUAUGGCCAGUGUUUGGAGUGGCAAACUGCAGAGUGUAUGGCUCAGAACUGUUCUGGACUGCGGACGUGCUCCCAGUGCUUGGACCAGCCGGAGUGUGGCUGGUGUGGGGACCCCAGCAGCACAGGGAAGGGCCUCUGCAUGGAGGGCUCCUAUCGGGGGCCCAUGAAAAGAGUGGCAAAGCAAGGCCAGCAGAGCCAAACCCAUGACAUGAACCUGGAGCCCGCCAGCUGUCUCAAAGACAAAGGCUUUGAGUGGGCCUUUAUUAACUGCCCUGCAUGCCAGUGUAACGGCCACAGCACGUGUGUGAACGGCAGCGUGUGCGAGCAGUGUCGCAACCUCACCACCGGUCCACACUGUGACACCUGCAUGCCGGGUUACCACGGCGACCCGACCAAUGGCGGCAAAUGCCAGGCUUGUAAGUGCAACGGUCACGCAAACGUAUGCCAGGUGUUAACGGGCAAGUGCUUCUGCACCACCAAGGGGAUCAAAGGAGACCAGUGCCAGCUAUGUGACUCAGAAAACCGUUACCUUGGCAAUCCGCUCAGAGGAACCUGUUACUAUAACCUCCUGAUUGACUACCAGUUCACAUUCAGCCUCAUCCAGGAGGAUGACAAGCAUUACACCGCCAUUAACUUCAUGGCCUCACCUGAGCAGGCAAACAAGAACUUAGACAUGUCCAUCAAUGCAUCAAACAACUUUAACCUCAACAUCACGUGGUCCGUGGGCUCAACAGCUGGGACCAUUUCUGGAGAGGAGGUUCCCAUUGUGUCCAAAACGAACAUUAAGGACUACAGGGACAGUUUCUCCUGUGAAAAGUUCACCUUCAGAAGCAACCCCAACAUUACCUUCUACGUGUACGUCAGUAACUUCUCAUGGCCCAUCAAGAUCCAGAUUGCCUUCUCCCAACACAACAGUAUCAUGGAUCUUGUCCAAUUCUUUGUGACGUUUUUCAGUUGCUUUCUGUCUCUGCUCCUGGUGGCAGCAGUGGUGUGGAAGAUCAAACAGACCUGCUGGGCGUCACGACGCAGAGAACAGCUGAUGAGAGAGCGCCAGCAGAUGGCCAGUCGUCCAUUUGCAUCCGUCGCCGUUUCGCUGGAUGCCAGAGGAGAGCUAACAGAAGUCCUGCAGCCUUUGGUUGAUGGUGCGCCUAAACCAGUUGCAAUGGAGCCAUGUUUCGGAGGGAAGGCUGCUGUGCUAACUGUCCUCAUGCGUCUCCCGUCUGGACUUUCUGACCUGCCUCCACCUGGACAGUCAGGACUGAUUGUCGCCAGUGCGUUGGUAGACAUCUCACAACAGAAGCCAUUAGAUUUCAAGGACAAGUCCCAAGCUUUAAAGAACCGAAAAGCCCUUCCUCCAGCUCACCAAGGGACCUGCGUCUGACUCCAUCCGGCGGUUACGUAUCAGACCGACCGCCUUGUCAUUCCAGCAUGUCUCAGGUCCCGCGGCUGGAAGCCUUUCCACAGACUUGACAUGCCUAAGUGACUUGUAGGAGAUUUGUUUUGGCUGCUAACAUUCACCACUACAGUUCCCACUUCGCGUGAGCGCAGUCCCUCAUUUCCGAAUAUGCCGACAUCAGAAAUCCACAGCAGUGACCGAUCCAGGCCGGGCUUCAGUUUCUUCACUUUCGCUCGGACAGCUCAGUCUACAUUUAACGAACAUCUGUCAUGUUUUCCACAAAUUACGGCAGAUCCCGACUCAUUGAAGUACGACUGAUGAAGGUUUUUUUUAUUUGCAAAACAUGAAGGAAAUGUAAAUGCGCAUUUGGGAAUGUCACAAGCUGACCAAAUUUCCUCAUAUGAUCAAAAACGGUUAUUAGAUGUCCAAUAUGUGCACCCUGUAUAAUUUUGUACUUUUCUUUUGCGCACCCGUAAGUGGUACAUUUGGGUGCCAAAUCAUUCAGAUUUCCCUGGUUUGUCUUUUUUUGUUGUAAAGAAUUUAGACUUGAAAAGGUCUCAACUUAACAACCCACAAUUAUAUUGCAAACCAUGACAACUUGAGCAUUUUCUGCAAUUUCUAAGCAUAAUUGUUCGUUUGCAUAAGACUCCUCCACCAAGCAAAAGCUAAAGUCUGUAUUUUCUGUGGGAUACAUGAACUAAUGCUGCAGAGGAGAGAGUCCCUUCUCAUGACAUGCCGGAUGAAGACGUGAAGGAGCCACGAACUAAUCAUUCGUCAUUGAAUUAUGGCAUGAAAUUCUAGAACAAGUUCGAUGCAUUUUAUUUGGGAAAAAUGUAGUUAUGUUUUUUUUUUUUUUCUCGGUGUAGUCACUGUUCAAUAAACAGAAAAAACACUGAAGUUACUGUAGUUUGUAAUGAAAAGUUUUGGACGUUUUGACGCUUUUGAACUGAGAUUGGGAUGGUGGAUGGCUGCUCCAGAGAAGUCCUGCUCUUCUAGCUGUUUACUAGUUUGUUUUGUAAGUUUUAUAUGGGAAAAAAAAGAAGCUAUAACUUUAUUUCACCUUUUAAGUACAAUGAGUUGUGCUAAUAAUAAGAAUGCCUUGGCUCUUCAUGAGCUCAGAUGGGAGCAUGAAGAUCUGAAGGAGCUUCUCAGCUGUACAGUGUCUCGUUGGAACAAAUGUGCGUCGUCUUUCACAAUUGUUUUUUUUUUUCCGUCAGGUUUUUAUGAAACUGGUGAAAACCUUUUGUUAAUUUCAGGCCUUGUCACCUGAUACUAUUAUAUCUAUAAUAAAUUAUCGGUUUGCUACACUUGUGAGGAGCUUUUCUGUUACUGUUUUUGUAUUUAACAGAUUCCUGUUUUCUUGCACAUUCUCGUUGACUUCAAACCACUUGUUCUAAUGUCAGCCCCCCUUUUUUUCUAUUUGUGCAUCUUUAUAAACUGUUUGGGCAUUGUCCUGCUUUGUGUCUCAGAAGUCAUGAUGUCAGCUAAUGUAUUUUUUUCUUAUUUUUAUUUUGUGUUUGUAGAGUAAUCCUUUAACCAUGUCUUUGCACAGGAAUCAGGCUCAUGCUGUUCUGUGAAACAGAUGACAAACUUGCAUAUCAGUCAUCGCUAGUGUAUUGGAAAGAUGGACAACAUGCCAGAAAAUUAAAAGAAAAAAUAUCGAAACAAAAAAAACUUUUUGCAGUAAACUUUAUUCCAUCUCUCACAGUAUGUUGAAGUUACAUGUUUUUUGUCUUUCUGAAAUGGAUCCAUAUUUAGUUUUGACAGUAGACUGGGAAAUAUUUGCUGCAGAUGUAAAAACAGAGUAAAAAUACUGCAGGGUGUUCAGUUUUUACAAAUGUAAAUAAAUAUUGUCAAUCGCA